UCGCCAUGGCCCCAGCUCUGCUCCUGAUCCCUGCCGCCCUCGCCUCUUUCAUCCUGGCCUUUGGCACUGGAGUGGAGUUCGUGCGCUUUACGUCUCUUCGGCCACUUCUUGGAGGGAUCCCGGAGCCUGGUGGUCCGGAUGCCCGCCAGGGAUGGCUGGCUGCCAUGCAGGACCGCAGCAUUCUUGUCCCCCUGGCUUGGGAUCUGGGUCUCCUCCUACUAUUUGUGGGGCAGCACAGCCUCAUGGCAACUGACACAGUGAAGGCGUGGAUGUCUCGAUAUUUUGGGGUCCUUCAGAGGUCACUGUAUGUCGCAUGCACUGCCCUGGCCUUGCAGCUGGUGAUGCGGUACUGGGAACCUGUACCCAGAGGCCCUGUGUUGUGGGAGGCUCGGGCUGAACCAUGGGCCACCUGGGUGCCCCUGCUCUGCUUUGUGCUCCACGUCAUAUCCUGGCUCCUCAUCUUCAGCAUCCUUCUCGUCUUUGACUACGCCGAGCUCAUGGGCCUCAAACAGGUGUACUACCACGUGCUGGGGCUGGGUGAGCCUCUGGCCCUGAAGUCUCCCCGGGCUCUCAGACUCUUCUCCCACUUGCGCCACCCAGUGUGUGUGGAGCUGCUGACGGUGCUGUGGGUGGUGCCCACCCUGGGCACUGACCGCCUCCUCCUUGCUCUCCUCCUUACCCUCUAUCUGGGCAUGGCUCACGGACUUGACCAGCAAGACCUCCGCUACCUCCGGGCCCAGUUACAAAGAAAACUCCACCUGCUCUCCCGGCCCCAGGAAGGUGAGGCCGAGUGAGGAGCUAACCUGGUUCCAAGCCCUGCACUUCCUCUCCUUUAACAUCCAGGCCCUGGCUGCUUCAGACCAGAGGCCCAAAUCUAUGGACUGAAGGGGCUAUCCCUUCCCCUGCUGGAGCCUCCACUCCUUGGGCCGAGCUCCAUACCCUAAAUUCUGAGUUUCAACCACUGGACUCCAAGAUCUACUUUUUACCAGCCAGGAAGAGGGGGUGGGGAACUUACCUGUCUCCUCACAGUUUAGGGCUUGACUCCUCCCCCCCCCCACCUUAAGAACCUCCUUAUAAGGAAGAAGGGUGGGCCUAACCACUUCCCUCCCACUGUUACUCCCUUCUGCACCUCAGGGAUCCCCUUCUCCUCCUCUGGCUUCCCUUUCUAGGAGUGGUACUAAGGUCUGCAGGUUUGAUGGUAAUGCCUGCCCUUCCAGGCUCCAAGUGCCAGCCCCCUGGCUAGCCUUGCCAUCUCCUUAGGCCCUGGCCCUGGGCUCUGUCCUCUAACCUAGUUGAGAGGAUCCUCCCACUCUUCAUUUUGGGUGACUAAGAGCUCUCUGCUGUCCUGAGGAACACGCGCAGCAGAAAAAUAAAAUGCAGCCUGU